AUGAAGCCGCUCUAUGAUUACCAGGAACCUGAACAGCAUAAUCAGGCUCAAGCAGGAGAAACAGCUGUCCAACAACAGCAGAGCCAGCACAGACAGCAGAGACAGCAGAGACAACAGACACAGCAACAACAUGACAGCACACAAAACAGCAGAGACAACACAGACACAGCAGACAACAGAGCAGACACAGCAACAACAGCAGAGCCAGCACAGACAGCAGAGACAACAGAGACAACAACAGCAACAACACAGCCAGCACAGACAGCAGAGACCAGAGACAACAGACAGACAGCAGAGACAACAGAGACAACAGACAUAGCUAGCAGAGACAACAGACACAGGCAGAGAGCAGACAACAGAGCAGACACAGCCACAGAGCAGCACAACAGCAGAGACAACAGAGACAACAGACACAGCAACAACACAGAGCAGCACACAGCAGCAGAGCAGAGACACAGACACAGGACAGCAGAGAGCACAGCACAGACACACUCCGCCUUGUUGCCUUAUGCUAAUUCCUGUGUCCUCGAUCUGGCCACCAGUUACUUGGGCCAGCCUCCACCAUCUGCCUAUCCGCCACCACAUCCAGCAGCUACCCAACCUCCACCACCUGCACCGCCUCCAUCAGUUACUCAGCCUCCAGCAGCUACCCAACCUCAACCACCUGCACCGCCUCCAUCAGUUACUCAGCCUCCAGCAGCUACCCAACCUCAACCACCUGCACCGCCUCCAUCAGUUAUCCAGCCUCCAGCAGCUACCCAACCUCAACCACCUGCACCGCCUCCAUCAGUUACCCAGCCUCCAGCAGCUACCCAACCUUAA